AUGCUGAUCAGUGAAAGAGCCUAUUGCUGGCCAAGAGGAAUUGCUCGAAGUAGAUCUGAAGGAAAUUUGGUUGACAUGGAAGCCUCGAAACUCUCAAAAAAUCAUAAUAUUACAGCAUGCCAAGGGCCAGGCUUGCCUCACAACUGGCCAGAAGCUUCUACUCACCAUGGUGAUAGUGUUGCCAAAGCUACAAAUCCAUUCUGGAAUGAGCUGUCUGCCUCAAACCCAUUUCUGGAUGACAUCACUCAGCUAAGAAAUAACCAAAAGAGAGAUAAUAAGUCCAUUUUGAAGGAAGAUCCUUUUCUUUUUUUAAGGCAAAUUGAAACAGGGAAUUCUUUUGAUUCCUCUGGUGAUGAACUUGACAUAGAUCAAGUGCUUAGGCCAUCUUCCUCAAGGAAGUCGGGAAGAUCUAAGAGUGUUUCAGAACUCCUGGACAUGUUACAUGAUACAACACAUACUCAUCAAAGUAUGCAUAUCUCUGACCAGAUCCUAAUACAAGACUUAGAAUGGCUUCAAAAUGACCGAGAAGCAUACAAAAUGGCUUGGCUAAGUCAACGUCAGCUGGCCCGAUCUUGCCUAGAUCUGAAUAUGAUUAAUCAGAGUCCCGGGUGGGCUCAAACACAAAUUGCAGAGAGCAUUGCAGUUUGUAAAUUAAAUCACCAAGGAGGGUCAGUCCAGUUACCCGAAUCAGAUAUCACUGUUCAUGUACCCCAAGGACACAUAGCUGUAGGAGAAUUCCAGGAGGUAUCUCUGAGAGCAUUUCUGGAUCCUCCACCAAAGCUGAACCAUGAUCACUCCUGUACUGUAAGCCCUCUGUUGGAAAUCAGGUUAAGCAACCUCAAGACCAUGGGAGCUAUUAUGCUGGAGAUGAAAAUUGGAGCAGAAGUAAAAACAGAUCCUCUGAGCCAAGUCAUGACAAAAAUGGUGUGUUUACACAGCCAGAGCAGAGAAGGCCCUUUCCAAGCAAUAAACAAUUGCUAUUUCUACAAAGACACCAUCCAAGCAAAGUUUAUGGAUCUGAGUCAGAUAAUGUACAUAAUCGUAGCUGUACAAGCUAAGGCCAUUCAGCCACCAGCUACUACUGUUUGGGAUUACAUUCACAAAACCACCUCCAUUGGAAUUUAUGGACCCAAAUAUAUCCAUCCAAGUUUUACUGCUGUUUUCACAGUUUGUGGACACAACUAUAUGCCAGGAAAGUUUACAGUCUCUGACAUUAGAAAGGGUAGAAAACACACAUCUCCAGUAGUAUUCCAUCUCUGGGGGAAGCAUUCAUUUUUACUUGACAAGCCACAAGAUUUAAUUAUUUCAGCUUUUUCAUGUGACCCUGAUUUUGAAGUAAAGUUAGAGAAAGAAAGGAAAAUAAUUGCACAAAGGCAAUUGGAAGCAGGUGCAGUAGUUCAUCAACAAGUUUUCUUUUCUUCAGUUGACCACAGAGAGAUGCACUUGUUUGUUUUCCGGGUUCAUGUGGAGCUUCCCAAUGGAAAACCAAUCACACAAUUCUUUGUCACUUCACCUGAUCCAGCCCCAAACCUAAAACGGCUCUCACAUCUGCAGAGCUAUUUCCAGAAGGAGAGAGAAGGCAAGAAAGUGCCUUUGUUAUCAACAGGGCUUGCUUACUACCCUACUUUCCAAGAUAAAAAAGUGACCUUUACCAAUUAUGGGGUAACACUGAAGACAGUAUUGAGGCAAAGAAAGAUUGAAUACUUACUUGAGUAUUUAAAGGGAGAUAUAAUUGCCCUUCUUGGAGAAGGCACUGUAAGAUCCAUUGGACAAUCCAAGGUGAAAGAAUGGUAUGUAGGGGUACUUCGGGGUAAGAUCGGACUUGUGCAUUGCAAAAAUGUCAAGGUGAUUUCCAAAGAACAAGUAAUGUCUUUGUCUGAUAGUAUUUUGACAACCAAGAAUCUUUUGGAGCAAAUUGCCUUGCCAUUUAAAAAUCUGACAUAUAUAUAUUCUGUUGUAUUGACCCUGGUGUCAGAAAACAUUCAUGACUGGAAAGUUUUAGCUAAUGUCCUGGGAUACUCACAUCUGGCACAGGAAGAUUUUGAUCAAAUUGAAGCAGACAAGGAACCAGAAAGGGUUUCUUAUAUUGUUAAGAAGUUAAAGGAAGAUUGCCACGAAGACAGAAGUACCAGGAAGUUUCUUUAUGAACUAAUUGUGGCUCUGCUAAAAAUGGAUUGUCAAGCGUUAGUGGCUCGUCUUAUCCAAGAGGCUGUUAUUCUGACCUCAGCUGUUAAGCUUGGAAGAGGCUGGAGGGAACUUGCUGAGAAGUCUGCAGGACUCACUAAGCAUCAGAUGCAGGCAUAUGAAAUUCCUUACCGAGGAAAAUCUGGAGAAGUUUCAGCUGAGACAAUGUGGAAACCCGCCUAUGAUUUUCUCUAUGCAUGGAGUGCUCACUAUGGAAAUAGCUACAGAGAUGUGUUACAAGACCUUCAAUCAGCUUUGGACAGAAUGAAAAACCCAGUCACCAAACGGUGGAGAGACUUAACUGGAACUUUAAUACUAGUAAAUUCUUUAGAGGUUUUGAGAGUAACUGCUUUCUCUACUUCUCAGGAAAUAUAGAGUGAAGCAGGCUUGGAGAGCAAGGAAA